GGAAAUUGUGGUCAAAAGGGAAAAUCCGACAAGUGCAUGUCCAAGGAACAUGGCACACAGUCAGAAAGGAGGCUAUGACUACGAGUUUGUGGAGACACCACCGCAAUAUCUCGAGUGCUCCAUUUGUCUAUUAACCCUUCGAGACCCCCAUGUGUCGAGUUGCUGUGGAAACCACUUUUGCCAGCCUUGCAUCAGCAAAGUUCAAGAAGCUAAUAAACCGUGUCCACUGUGCAAUGAAAGUGAGUUCACCACGCUUUUACACAAGGGCGUUCUGAGAACAAUAAAUUGCCUGACAGUGUACUGCAAAUGGAAAAGGCUUGGUUGUGAUUGGAAAGGCGAACUAAGGAACCUGGGGGAGCAUCUUAUGCCGAGGGACGGAGGAACAAGUGGGUGUGGCUUGGUUAUGGUUGAUUGCAGCUACAAGUGCGGUGUAAUGGUGGAGAGACGAGAGCUAGCACAGCACGAGAGAGACGAGUGUGCAAAGAGACCAGUAGAGGCUCAAAUGAGCAGCUUGACCAAUAAGUUAGAAAAAAGACUAACAAUCGUCGAAAAGAAACUAGAAAGUACUCUAAGAGAACAAAAAGAUAUGAAAGACAAGCUAUCGAGUCUUGAAGUGCAAAAUGAAAGCUUAGCUGAAGAGAACAAAGCUUUAAAAACGAAGCUAGAAGCUAUCAAACACAUUCACUCCCACUCAAUUGACACGCCUCCUUUCUACUACACACUGUACAACUUCAACUAUCAUAAAGCGGCCAAUCUAGUGAUUUUCAGUCCACCGUUUUAUUCCCAUCCCGGGGGCUACAAACUGAGGCUACAACUCUAUCCGAACGGGACAAAACACGCCAAAAACAAGAGUGUUUCGUUGUUUGUUGCCAUUAUGCUCGGUGAAUACGAUUCGGAUCUAAGCUGGCCUUUCAAUGGCAGAGUUUCGGUCGAAAUUUUCAAUACUACACACGAUGUUUGGGAUAUGACAACUGAUUUCAAUCUUGGUCUAACAGCAUCGUCUAGGUGUGUGAUAAGACCUAUCGACUGUGUGGCCAAUGAUGGGACAGGUACGAUCACAUGGCUAUCACAUGACGAUAUUAGCAACCACUAUGUGAUUCCUGGUUACGAUUUCGUAAGGCUUAGAGUGAGUGAAGUUAAAUUAUUCAAGAACUAACUCUCUUAUAUCAGCAAAACAUGUACUAUUAUAAUAAUAUUAAGUUUACUGAUAAAUUACGUAUUAUACUUUUUCUUUUGAGAACAAACAUUUCGAACCGAGA